CACAAACAAGAAUGCGUCGUCUGCACGAAAUACUUUCAAUACUGUGUCUUCUCCUGGCCACUUACCAAGUUCUUGGAAAGAAUUGCCAUUACUCUCGAGCCCACAGCUGCGUACCGCGUCAUCAAUGCCAUUUUUAUACGGGUUUCACGACUCUACUAGAAGGCAACUAUGGAUGCCCAUCCACGAACAUCUGCUGUCGCAAUCAAGAUAUAAAUCCUUACAAUUCAGCCGUGGUCACCAAUGCAGCGGUGAGCCCCGACUGCGGAUGGACCAACAGCAGAGGCGUGACCUUCGCUAUGGAUGAUCUAGAAGGCCUGGCCCAGGAGGCCGAGUUCCCAUGGAUGGUGGCUUUGCUCGAAUUAAAUCGCAAAUAUGUGGCUGGCGGCGCCCUGAUCUCUUCCGAUGUGGUCAUAACAGCCAGUGACGUAAGCCAUAACUAUAACGCAAACCAGCUAAUUGUCCGGGCUGGCGAAUGGGAUUUUAGAACGAAAACCGAGCAACUGUCUCAUGUUGACGCUGGCAUCCGGUUGAUUGUUCGUCAUCCUGAGUAUAACAGACAAACCGGAGCCAAUAAUGUUGCUCUUCUGUUCCUUAAAACACCGCUACGAAUCACGAGGCACAUUAACCCAAUCUGCCUGCCAACGGAGGAUUGGCACUUUGAUAACUUUGAUAACUGCAUCUUCAGUGGCUGGGGCUACCAGUCUUUUAACGAAUACACCAACAUGAACAUUUUGAAGAAGUUGGAGUUCCAGGUGAUUCCCGGCGAUAUGUGCCAGGACCGAAUUUGGCAAGAUUACGCAAGCCGUUUCCAGCUCGACAACAGCCUGAUGUGCGCGGUUGGAAGACAUACAAUAGGUGAUGGCAUGGUUGGUUCUCCGCUAGCCUGUCGCCUGCGAAAUGAUCCCCAGCGGUACGAGCUGGCCGGCAUUUUCGACUUUUCCUUAAACAGCGGAACCCUAGGCGUUUAUACCAAUGUUGCCAAACUUCGAAGUUGGAUUCUCCUGGAGGCCCUACAAGCAACCCCAUAUUCAGAAUAGUUUUCUCAUUUAUUAAACUCAUUGAUAUAGACAAGUCAUGGGCACAACAACAAAGACCCUUUGCAAUUAAAUGUGAGCUUUACACCUUUUGUUCUUUUUCUAUUGAACUGACAACAUUUAAAACGCUAGUUUAUGCGAUUAUAUGAGCAUAACAACAGCAAUCGUGAGAAAUAAUGCUUAGGUCAGUCAAUCUAAAAUAAUUAAUUUCCGCUUGAGACCUCCAGAAAAUAGGUUUAUUUAAUUUAGCUGAAAAAUGCUUUUAUAAAAACAAAUAUGUAUAGACAGAUGAAAAUGGCUAGAUAUACUUGGAUGGUGAUGCUGAUUACUAAUUUAUAUACUUUAUAAAAUCGGAUAUGUCUCAAUCCAAACCAACUGUUCAGUUUGGAAAAAAAUACUUCAUAAACAUCAAAAAAUUUAA